AUGGCGAGAGGAAAAGCAGGAACGCACACGCCGAGUCCGCCCAUUUGGACUUUCGGUCGGGGAACUGUCACGACCCGCAGUCAGCUGAAAGACAGCAGAAACUUCUUCCAGAAACUUCCACUGGAGGUCUUUCAUAUGAUUCUGGAGAACCUGUCAGUGCUGGAGGUCAGUGUGUUCUGUUUAGCGUCCAAGCAGAUGAAUAGAUAUGUGGUGGACUAUAUCAGCACCCUGGCCUGGAAGAGAAAACUGAUGCACCGAAACUUUCAUAACACCAGCUGCCCUGAACAGGAAUGUUUUGGUGAACAUUUCAGAGACCUGGGUGUGUUGUUCAAACGAUGCACCAUGUUGCUACCUACAAAAGAGAGGCUGAAAUGUAUCCUGUACAAAUUUUCACAGGUUCCUUGCUUCCUGCGGGAGACGUGCGCCGCACCAGACUGCAUUGGUUUGUUUCGAUAUGGAGUUUUUCUGCAGACCAUGAUCGCAGGGUGGGAUGAGUUUGAGUGCCAAAGAGUUUUCCAAUUCCUGUGCGAAGUGACCGAUUUGCUGCAUAAAAUUGAGACAAUCACUACUACUGGAAAACCUGGGCUGAAAUGUUUAGAAGAGCUGGAGCUCCGCUACUUCUGCCGCAAGGUUUUGCUGGACCUGUCGCCGAACCAAUCAGACUGUCGAUUUUGGCUCCUGCAGCUCCUGAAGCCCUGGCCCUUGUUCAAGCAAGCGCACCUACUGUUAAUCCUAUAUGGGCCACAGCUGUCCGAAGGCCCCAUCAGUUGGCAGGAUCUCGUGGAACGGGAGCUGCCUCAGGAUGCUCUCUGGAACCUGGCCAGGGCCAUCCUUUUGCUCUUCAACAAACCGGUAAUCAAAGACUGGACCAUGCAGUCAACCCUAGCAGUCUUCGAGGAGAUCGUUGUCAUUCCUCAGCCAUGGCACGUGGAGAAUGUCGCUCGGCUCUUGGUGGUAUGUGGCAAGAGGUUUUGCUACACUGUCUUGGCCAGCAGGGCUCAACUGGGACUCAUCAGAGAUAUUGCCAAAGUCAUUGUCUACAUUAUUCUGGUGUGUGAAAAGGACGGCUAUGAAAUGAAUUGGGUGGUAAAUGUGGUACAGCAGCUCCACAAGGGCUUCAGCUCAGAUGUCCAAAAGUUCACCUUCAUCCGCCAUCUGGAGAACAUGUUCUCAGACGUCAUCGCUGAGCUUCUGUACAUGUAUGUAGACGGAAACCGUCCUGACAACAGGGAUAUUUUCACGGCCACGUGUCUUCUCCUGGACGCCAGUGCUCGAUUUCAUGCGAAAUUCUUCCAUGUGUUGCUUAAAUAGGAACGAUGCAAAGGUACUUGCCGGGAGAAUAUUACACAAAGUAAAGAAAGUUUGUAUGGGUUACGUUUCAAUGAUGAAUUUAUUUGUCAUGAAGGAUGUAUUUAGUAUUUAUUAUAAAAGA